UUCGUUUGAUCCGUUUGGUUAUUAGUGCGCUGUAGCGACCAUUCCAGAGUCAGUCAGUCGUACAUUAAAAUUAAGCAUCAACAAGAACACUUCAAGAACACAGAAAAAAAAAGAAAUUAUAUAUGUAUGUACAUAUAUGUAUGUAUACAUACAUUGUAUAUUGAAAACGGGAGUAUAAGAAAAAAAUCACUACGAAAAUAUAAUGUAUAGACAGACUUAACGGUAUAGAAACAUAUAUACAUACAUAAGUAGACAUACAUACAUGCAUAUGUACAAACAAGUGCUUGAGUGCGGUGAAAUAUUGUCGUGUCGUGUUGUGCGCAAGUGGCAACAAUAAAUAAAUGAAGCGACUAAUCAGAGAGUAUCUCAAGGAGAAUCGUUUGCUAGAGGUUUUGGCGCAGCGUCGUUUGAUUCGCGCGACUAACUGAUUUGUGAUUUGAUUGAUUUCAAUUUUGUGUCGACUGUCGGCUGUCCGUUGACAGUGCUCAACAAACUACAAGCGUGUUUAGAUGUCGGCAAAUUAGUAGCUGCUUAUAUAUGACUUAGUUGCAACAUUGGAAAAAGAAAUAAAUAUAAAAGAAAUUAAUUUAAAAAAAUAAAAAAUAAUAAAUAAACAUAAAACAAGGAAGCGAAACGAAAUUGAUACAAAAACUACAACAACUACAGUGUUCGAGAUAUUUUUCAAAAUUUAAACCGAACAAUAUUUCGUGUGUGAAAAUUUGUAAAAAAUUGCAAAAAAAUUUAAGGUUUGCAACGCAACACAAACUACAUUUAAGCCGCCGCUACCCAUUUAUAACGGCGCUAAUACGCUUUUGAGAAACUUGUACGCUUAACAGAACAUGCUUUGUCCGCUCACCAUGCGUCCCGCUAGCCCUGCUGAAUCAGAAAUCUCCGUCGGUGGCGCACCCAGCCCACUACCACACCACCAUACACAACACCAACAACAACACCCGCAUCCAACGCUGGCGCAUCCGUCGCAACAUCGCAGCACAAUCGAUUUGCUGCAACAUCAACAAAUCUUAAUGCAACAACAUGCGGCCGCCGCUGCCGCAGCCGCCGCUGCUGGACUGACGCGUGCAAGCGGCGCCGAAGAGUAUUUCCAACCGCUGAAACGCUUACGCAUGUCCAGCGAAAUGGAGGAAACGGCCAUUGGUAAUCGCACACCCAGUCCGGUGCAAACGCACGUUGUUGCAUUGCCAACAACACCCACUUCGACUGCAACAACCGCGAGCCCGAAUACCGCCAAUGUCGGCGCCGGGAAUGCCGUUAGCACUGCCGUCAAGUCGAAUAUUGAGGGUGUGAAAAGUUUUUCCAUUGCCGAUAUUUUGGGACAUGAGAAACGCGCCACAUCCACCUCGCCAACACCGCCGCCACAACCGGCGUCACAACAGCAACAACAUGCAGCUGGUACGCCUACACGCCCCUUGCUGAACGCCAGCAGUCUGCUGCAACCACGCGCCGAGCCGCUGGAUAUGGUGAGUGCAGCGGCGGCGGCAGCCGCUGGCAUGCCACAUCCAAUGCUGCUGCCGGGCGCACAAAUUGUGCGUCCCUGGGAUCAUUUGCUGGGUCCGAUGCCGGUGCGUCCGUUCAUACCAUCGGCGUUGUUACAUUAUGAGCAGCGCUUGGCGUUGGACUAUCAUCGACAGCUGCAGGAGCAUUUCAAUGCUCAGGCGCAGCUGUUGCGCCACAUGGGCAUGGAUAUGAUACCAUCUGAAAGUGGUUCGGAGCGCUCGAGUUCGGCGGCUAGCGAUUGUUGUUCACCGGAAAUCGCACGUUCUUCCGGUGAACCAUCGGCGUCAGCGGGCGCACAAUCAAUGGUUAUGGGUGAACGUGAGCGAGAUCGUGAUCGGGAACGCAUUUCGCACACCUCCACUUCGUCGAAUGGUGGUGGUAAUAGUUUGGGUGGUGGCGCUGGUGGUUCUAGCGGCGACAAUACAGCUACCAAUGGUUCGAGCUCAAAAUCGAAACCAAAUGGUACACCAUUGGACGCGCUCUUUCAAAUGACCACCAAGGACUUUGAUGAAUCUCAAGAUAAAUCCCACUUGGACAUAUUUUCGAACCGCCCACAGCCGAAGAAGAAACGCAAAUCGCGCACCGCUUUCACAAAUCAUCAAAUAUUCGAGUUGGAGAAACGUUUUCUAUAUCAAAAGUACCUGUCACCAGCCGAUCGUGAUGAGAUCGCCGCCGCGUUGGGUCUCUCAAACGCGCAAGUGAUCACUUGGUUCCAGAAUCGACGCGCAAAGCAAAAGCGCGAUAUUGAAGAGUUGAAGAAGGAUUUCGAUAGCGUCAAAGUAUUUUCAGCGCACAAGUCCUUUCUGGAGAAUGUCAACGAUCUUAGCAUAUUGAAGAAGAAACCCAUGCACGAGGCGGAUGCAAUGGUGGGUUUGGCCGCGGCGGCCGCAGCCGGUAUGGUGCCGGUUUCCUCAGCCGCCGCGGCUGCUGCUGCGGCACAAGCCGCGCUAAAUUCACAAAAAUGAAGUAAUCGGCGCAUUGUUGCGCCAUAAAUACAUUUUUUAUACAAACAACUGCAAGAGAGGAAGAGAACAGCAAGAAAAACAAAAAUGGAGAAUCGUCAAAUGUUAUGUGGGUGCUUAAAAGUGGAGCGGCGCGUGUGGCGGCGGGGGUGAUGCAUGCAGCAGUAGAUAUGUGAAAUUAUUGAAAUCUUUCUUCUUACUAAUAGACGCUGCACAGCCACUUAAAGACCGCUGUCAGGCAGUGUGCGCCUCGGUCGGGAAUUAACAAGCACCGACCCACCAACAGCAGCACCGUUUGCUGCGGCAUAUGAGUAAAGCAUUGCGUAGCGUUUAACAUUUUAUCAUUCCUUGCUUUUUGUUCACCACAUCACCACAUGGCAGCGUUUAAUCCACACAACUUUACGACUUCUACAUACAAAACGUUCAACAUUGCGCCUAAUAAGCACCGAAGUUCUCGAAAGCGCCUCGUUCAUGGCGCACGCGGCCGAUUGUGCCCUUUGAUCGUCGUCUCAUAGCGCCAACAUAUGUACAUAUGGACGAGCAUGUAUGAGCAUAUAGAACUAUACAUCGAGAGCCGUCAAGGGCUCAAUGCGGAGCCUGGCUUGCAUUGUUGGCAACAAGCCAAAGUGAAACUAAUGAAAGAAAAUCUCAAACGCAAUUUUAAAUAGAUAAAGCUUUAAAGCAAAAAAUUUUAUGGCAAAUUAAGUAUGGCGAAAAAAUAAAGUAUUG